AUGGAACUGUGCGGGCGCCAGAAACUUGUUCAGCGCAAAAUGGUGCUAUUAGGUGACGGUGCUUGCGGGAAGACAUCCGCCUUGAAUGUGUUUACCAGAGGCGAGCCGACUGUGUUUGACAUCUUCGUCGACAAUGUACACAUGGAGUUGUCGCUCUGGGACACAGCCGGCCAAGAGGAAUUCGACCGGCUACGGGCCCUCUCCUACGAGGACACACACGUCAUAAUGCUCUGUUUCAGCGUCGACAGCCCGGACUCCUUCGAGAACGUCGCCAGCAAAUGGAUCGAUGAGAUCCGCGAUAAUUGCCCCGGCGUGAAGCUGGUCCUGACAGCGCUCAAAUGCGAUCUGCGCAAAGAUGACGAGCUGAACGAUAACCCGACCGCCAUCACAUUCGAACAAGGCCUCGCGAAAGCAAAGGAGAUCGGCGCGGUAAAAUACUUAGAAUGCUCUGCGGUGCAGAAUCGUGGCAUCAGAGAGACAUUCUACGAGGCCGCCAAGGUCGCUCUUGAUGUGAAACCUGCAGGAUCCGGUAGUUCCAAGGGCCAAUGUGUCAUCCUCUAA